ACCAUAGAGCAACAAAUACUCUGUACCUACUUAUUACUUCAAAUGUUCCAUUCUAUCGUCACCCGUGCAUGACUUUUGAUGUACACUGCACACUGUACAUAUACACAUUCAUUGUACUUUGAAUACCUACCGACAAGAACCAUGCAAAGUCUAAUAUCAUCAAGAAUACAACCUUAUUAUUGAUCCAUCAUUUGAGUGCUAACAACCUGUGCAACCUGUACAAUCUGUACAAUCUUCUUUGUCUCACCCCAACAAUCGAAUUUCUCAUACUAUCUCUUUUCUUUCGUCGAUUCCGUUCCUUACGGCAUUUACUAUUCGUCUGAGGGGGUUUUGUGCACAAUUGCACAGCAUCAGCUCUUUUUAUCAACCAAUCUAGCAUGACCACAUAAGAUACCACCUCUUAUUAUGGCUCAGCCUUCUACACCCGACGGUACAUCCUAUUCCAUCUUUGGUUCUGUCUCUACUCCUACCCAAACCAAUCAACUUUCCGGAGGUCCUCCUAUUACUCCAGGUGCUCCUUCAAGCAAUACUUUCUUAAUGCCGAAUUCACCUGUGAAGAAUAGACUGGGUAUGGAUGGGUACAGACCAAAGGUUACUAGAACUCUUGGUCAGGUAAUUUUUAGAAAUUCCGAUACUUUGCAGACUAUUUUCUAACCUAGGUAUGAAUUUAUAUAGCGCCCAGCCUGCCUUGUCAAUGCCUCUGUUACAUACUGCGGAAACAAUCAGAUAUAUGCGUUUGGUGGUUUUGAUCAAUACACCGACGAGGUCUACAAUCAUGUUUUGAGACUUGAUCUGGUUAGUCACCAGUGGAAUUUGGUUGACAAUUAUGGUGAUAUUCCAGGUGUACGAAUGGGUAGGUCUUACGCGCGCUGAGUUUCUUUGUGAUUCGCAGUUCUAAUACAUUUGGCAGGUCAUACUGCUACACUUUACCAAGGCGAUAAAUUACUCAUAUUCGGUGGUGAAAAUGAACAUCGUACCUACCUCUCCGAUCUCAUCAUCUUCGACCUCAAGACCGCACAUUGGACACAACCAACUGUUUCAGGACCUAUUCCAAAAGGAAGAGCAAGACAUGCUGCUGUUUUGCACGAGGAUAAACUCUUCAUCAUUGGUGGUAUUACCGGUCACAAUAACUACGUCUUGGAUGAUAUAUGCUACCUCGACUUAAAAACUUUCACCUGGUCUCGGGCAUGGCGGUUCGUUGGACGAUUUGAUCACUCGGCAUAUUUAUGGGGAGACAGGGUUUGGGUUUUUGGGGGACUCAGUGAAGAUAUGGAUAAAAUUGGUGAUAUAUGGUGGUUGGAUUUUAAGGGUAGCCCGGCCUUUGAAUCAGCACCCUCAUAUGGCUCUAUGGAUAGGCAUGCAGCUCUCAGUCGUUCGCCUCGACCUUCCUUCUCCAUGUCUCAGUCAGCUGUAGGCAGCUCAGGUUAUGCCGCAAAUUCAAGCAGCGCACAAGUCAAUCCACCUUCGUUCCAAUUAACUACUUCUCCUCCUCUUGCACCUGGUACAAUUUCCUCAUUAAAAUUCGUCUCCGGCCCCAAUAUACCAGCCCAAGGCUCAGGCAUGCAUUUCCAUGUUUAUACCAACGGAACUCUUCUCGAUUUUGUCACCCCUGCAGCAACUAUUACACCACAAGAAUGUUCUUUGUCAUCCCUGGAAUUAGACACUUUGCGCUGGCAAAAGUUAGCAGAGGGUCGGGACAUUUUUAGAUCUGGUUAUAGAUGGCAUUACUGCACCAUGAAUGACGAGGGUACAAAGGCUUGGCUUCUUGGUUGCCCAACAGAUCCAACGGCAACAGAUUUAGGUCCUGGUGGCUUUGAAGAAUAUCUCAGGUAUGUGUUAUUCAUUUGUAGAUAUUAACUUGCUAAUCAUACCACUUAGUGACAUAAUGGAAAUUGAUCUUCGACGUUAUGGUUUGCUCGGCAAUGGCCUAAAUCCCGAACCUCGAGAAGAAGCAUCACGAUCAUCAUCUUCUGGUAGGAUGAAAGUCGAAAUAUCAAAAGGUCUUGGAAUGGAUUUGGCCAAAGUUUUUAAUCAGCCACCAGAAAGUGGUAGUGGGGCUGAUUUUAUAAUAACCGCAUCGAAAGAUGAUGAAUGGGAUGACGAUGAUUCAAGCUCCAAAGGUUCCAUCAAUCAACUUCAGCAAAAUUGGUUGGCUCCUGAUGCUCCAACGUCUCCUCCAAUCCACGUUCACAAACUCAUCCUCCAAGCCAGGUGGCCCCACUUUGCACGCUUAUACAAUGCACAAAUGGCAGAAUUUCAUACAAAGAGGAUGCAUAUACCAGAACCAUAUACGGUUGUCAAGGCAUUCCUCUACUAUCUCUACACUGAUAGUAUUCAUCCAGAUGACUGCGCCGAAUUAGAUGAUGUUGCAGGGCUUUUGGUCAUGUCAAACAUUUAUAAUAUUCCACAUCUUAGAUUAUUAUGUGUUAAUCGUUUGUCAAAGGAAUUAGAUGUUGAUCAUGCUUGUGUUAUUUGGCAUUCUGCUGGUAUUGCUAAUGAAGAAUGGUUACGCAGACGUGCUGCUAGCUUUUGCCUUACGCAUUGGGGGAGAGUUGUUCGAACGCCUGGAUUUUUGAGGCUACCACGUCAAGCAUUGGUCGAAUUAUCCCAGGAAAUCGACAUGGAAGGUCGAGUGGUAGGAGGUGAGCAUUUAUGAUUCUUUCUUUCUCGUUGAAAAUUGUCUAACGAAAAAUUUCAGGUGAAGAGUUAGAAUAUGUUGGAGGAUUAGGUGGUUCUCGUUUUGGUGUGGGUGGUAUGGUGCGAAAGACCAGUGUUAGUAGCAAUCAUACACAAGGAGUAGGCUCGGAAGUUGAUGACAAUGAAGAAAUGGAAAUGAAUUAACGAACCGGUAUGGUAUGGUAUAAAUAAAUUAAGAAGGGCUGCACAUAAUGAUAGGGCGUUGGCUAUUGCAGAUUUUUGCAUCGGAGUGUGUUAGGGAAAGGAAAGCAAAGCAUUAUUAGGCGUCUGGAUCAUUGCUAUUCUAUUAUAGGUAGUUAUUACUGU